GAAAAGAGGGUAAUCCUAAUAAAUAAAAAAAUGCAAUUUUUUCGUCAAACCCUGCAAAUACUCCCGCGGUUUUUUCCCCCCUUAAAUUAAGAGAAACUCGAGGAAAAAAUCGAGUUUUAGCUUGUUUCAUGUUCCCAGAUUAGUUUGAUAAAUUUUGCCAUUUUGAUGUUUCUGGGACUGCUACACACAUCUCCUAAUACAGAGAAGUUUUCUCAAUACGACAUUGCAUUAAUGCCAUUAAAAUGCACUUCAUCUCUAACAAUAAUAGUUCAACUCAACUUUCUCAUAUCUCUACCUCUUAUUAUUAUGCUUCUCUCCUUCAAACUAGCUUGAGAAUCAAAGACAUUUCUGCUGGGAAAUCAAUUCAUGCCCAAAUCAUCAAACAAGGUCUACAUGUUAGUGUUCAUCUCCUCAAUAAUCUCCUCAAUUUGUAUUUUAAAUGUGGGUUAACUUCUAUUGCACACCAACUGUUCGAUGAAAUGCCUAUUAAGAAUAAUUAUUCUUGGAAUACAGUUAUUUCAGGUUAUACUAAAGGGGGGAUGACGGGUGAAGCUUAUUGUGUUUUUCGGCGAAUUCCUGAACCUGAUUCUGUUUCCUGGACUGCAAUGAUUGUGGGUUAUCAUCAGAUGGGGUACUAUGGAAAUGCACUUAAUAUGUUUAUGGAGAUGAUUAGGGAGGGAUUUUCACCUACCCAGUUUACGGUUACUAGUAUUCUUGCUUCGUGUGCGAAUAUGAGGAAUCUGAGUGUUGGUAGAAAGGUUCACUCAUUUGUUGUUAAGCAUGGGUUAGGUAGUUAUGUCUCAGUAGCAAAUUCGAUUUUGAAUAUGUAUGUAAAGGCGGGUGAUUUUGUAAAGGCAAGGAUUGUUUUUGAUAGGAUGAGGAUCAGGAAUGUGUCAAGCUGGAAUUCUAUAAUUUCUUUGCAUAUGCAGUCUGGUCAUGUCGAUCUUGCUCGUGCGCAGUUUGACCAAAUGGCUGAGCGUGAUAUUGUGUCAUGGAACUCUAUUGUUACGGGGUAUAACCAGAGGGGGUUUCAUCUUGAAGCUCUUAAAGUAUUCUCAGAAAUGUUGAAGGAAUUUUCUCUGAAACCGGAUAAAUUUACAUUGGCUAGUGCUGUAUCGGCUUGUGCAGGUAUUGAGAACUUGAAAGUUGGAAAACAAAUCCAUGCUUAUUUGGUUAGGACUGAGUUUAAUAUAUUUGGGGCAGUGGAAAAUUCUUUGAUCACGAUGUACUCCAGGUGUGGAGGUGUAGAAGAUGCUCGAAAGAUUAUAAAGAAAUCUGGGAUAUCCAAUCUCAAUGUGAUAGCAUUCACAGCUUUGAUGGAUGGCUAUGUGAAGCUUGGUGAUGUUAGUCCUGCAAGAGAGAUAUUUGACUCGUUAAAAGACCGCGAUGUGGUUGCUUGGACAGCAAUGAUAGUAGGCUAUGAGCAGAAUGGACUUAAUGACGAUGCAGUGGCAUUGUUCAGGCUAAUGCUUAAAGAAGGACCCAGGCCAAAUAAUUACACUUUGGCUGCUAUGUUAAGUGUCAUCUCAAGCUUGGCUUCUCUAGCUCAUGGCAAACAAAUCCAUGCAGUUGCCUUAAGGUUAGCAGAAACAUCAUCAGUUAGUGUUAGCAAUGCACUAAUAAGCAUGUAUGCCAAGGCUGGAAGCAUAGCUGAUGCCAGGCGUGUUUUCUCUCUACACCAAUAUAAAGAUAGUGUUACAUGGACCUCCAUGAUUAUCGCUUUAGCUCAGCAUGGUUUUGGAGAAGAAGCAAUAGAAUUGUUUGAGGCUAUGCUGGCUUUGGGAAUUGAGCCAGACCAUAUCACGUAUGUGGGUGUGUUUGUUGCCUGUACUCAUGUUGGUUUGGUAGAAGAAGGAAAAAGCUAUUACAACAUGAUGCAAAAUGUGCACAAAAUCACACCAACUACUUGCCACUAUUCUUGCAUGGUUGAUCUCCUUGGACGUGCUGGUAAAUUGCAAGAAGCACAAGAUUUCAUUGAGAAAAUGCCUACUGAACCUGACAAUGUUGCUUGGGGUUCCCUUUUAGCAUCUUGUACAGUUCAUAAAAAUGUAGAGCUGGCAAAACUUGCAGCAGACAGAUUGCUUCUUCUUGAUCCAGGGAAUAGUGGGGCCUUUGCAGCCCUUGCUAAUCUAUAUUCUGCCUGUGGAAAGUGGGCAGAGGCCGCUAAAGUUAGAAAAUCAAUGAAGGAUAAAGGAGUUAAGAAAGAUCAAGGACUGAGCUGGCUUCAGCUCAAGAAUAAAGUUCAUGUCUUUGGUGCUGAAGAUGCGCUUCACCCUCAACGAGAUGCAAUUUACAGAAUGAUGGCAAAAAUCUGGGAGGAAAUCAAGAAAAUGGGUUUUGUUCCAGACACUGGCUCAGUGCUACAUGAUCUGGAUGAAGAAGUGAAAGAAAAUAUUCUUAGGCAUCACAGUGAAAAGCUUGCUAUUGCAUUUGGAAUUCUAAGUACUCCUGACAACACGACCUUAAGGAUCAUGAAAAACUUGCGCGUAUGUACUGAUUGUCACUCCGCUAUAAAAUUUAUUUCCAAGCUAGUGGGUCGAGAAAUAAUUGUCAGGGAUGCUACACGAUUUCACCAUUUCAAGGGCGGUGUCUGCUCUUGUAGAGAUUAUUGGUAGUUUUUGAAUUUGGAAUCAGCUAAGCAAUGCUUCUAAGCGUAAAAGUUGUAAGGUGGCCCACACGGAGGUAAUCUGAUUCUGAUUAUUGAAAAUCACUGGACUAGAGACAUGUUCCAAGCCGAACCAAAGCAAGAUCUGUAUCCGAACCAACUAGCGAUCAAAUACCAGCCAAGGAUUCCACUCUCUCUCCACCUGAAUCGACAAGGCAUUACAAGGAUGAUGAAGGGACUAGAAAAACAAAAUGCAAAUUUGACUUGAAGGGCAGUUAAUAAAAGAAGAAAAGGAGUUGCGGAACCAUCAAUUAUAUGAGAUUUUUCACUAUAAAAAUUCAGUCUCCACAUCCUUGAGGAAGCUGGAAAAAUACGCUUGCGUGUAGUUAGCAUCUGGAUGCCAUCAACUUUUGGGGCAACAUUUUUACUUGUUUUGAAAGAAUUAACUUUCUAUGCUCCAUGCUCCGGUGCUGCAAAGCUGAGACAAAAGCUCCUUAAUAUCUGAUGGAUAAUUUCCUUAUGUGAAGGAGCUAGAUAUAAUUUAAAUAUGAAAAGCUGUUGUCGUCCUUGCAAGAGGGAAUGAGGUAUAGUUUUCUAAAUCCUUUUGAUUGAACUUUUUUUGUUUCAUUGGUUACAUCCUUGCUGCUGAAAUAGUGAAGCUACGUGCCUUGAUGAGAUUCUUUAAGAACUGUGCAUGAUGCUCUGAUUUUCUUGCCUUCUUCAUGCUGAUUUCCCAUGAACAAGAGUUGCAGCUAGUUUUCAAGAGGUUUUAGUUUCUUGUCGCUUAAAGUGGGGAGUGUUCUGACCAUAAAAGCCUGCCUUAUGAUAAGGGAAAUGGAGUUCAUAAACCUGGUUACAAUUACGAAUUGUGCAAUUGCAUUGCUAUAGGUAAAACUUCUAGAUACAUAAGCUUGCGAUUUGUUUUAUCAAAUCAUCAUUGUUCAUGCGCUUCAAUUUAUCAAAUAUGAAGAACAGCAUGUGUGAAGAUAUGUAUGGGUUUUUCCACCUUUAUCCUAAUGUAUUUUCUGUCACUCAAAUUGCAUUCCGUAGCCUACAUAUAUAGCCCUUUUCAUCUGAUAGUCUGUACAUUCAGUUCCUCAAUAGUACAGAUAAAUGAAUACUCACUGUGUUUGCCAAUAAGUUUUAUGUAAGGUAGCACAUUUUCGGACUAGAGUGAUAGAGAAAGAUGAUAAUCUUUGCUCAUGGGAUGAGGAGAGAGAUAGAUAGAAGCCAGUCAAACCAGUUACCUGAAAACAGGAAUGAUAAGCUUAUUUCAAAAUAGACCAAAAUGGAACGUUCUAAAGAUAUUAGUCGACGCCAGACAGAGUGCAUAGGUCUUGUUGAAAUAAACGCUAUUAAUCGAACAUCAAUCCUUGUUUCUUGAGGAACAUUUUCAAUUAAACUGCCACUUACAACUCAUGUUAUUCCUAAAUAGUGAUCGCAGUUUGACACUUCCCUAAUUCUAACCAAAUUCGAACUCAUCAAGGAGUAAUUCAAGGCAAUGAUUGUAAUAGAACACGAAAGUACUUCCAUUCUAGGUUCCAUUUCUUCUUUCCAAACCACUUAAAGUUGGGACCGGUUUCCAUAGAACGUAGUACCAAGCUGCGGAGGUAGUGAAACUAGAAUGGGAGGAACUACAGAGUUAAGUUCUUUUCUCGUCUUUGCUUCGCUUUGUAUUAUGAAGACUUAGUUUGCUAUGUUUAUGAGUUAGUAGUUUUAGGGUACUAAUUUGUGUAUGCUUCAACAUCGCACUAGUUUAUCUGCAUAACAAUUAUGUCGAAAUUCGUAUCAGAGGUAGGGAGUAAUUUACAAGAGAAAUAUGUGAUAAACAUAGAUUUUCUAAGUGGGAGGCAAUGAUUCUUGUAAACAAGGAGAUGUUGAAUUUUUGCUUAUGCAAGAAGCAAUGAGGCUGUAAAAUUCAUGACUUGGAAAUUUGUCCUGUUUACAUCACUCUCGUGCCUUCCUAUACACCAAAGAGAAUAAAAUCGUUUGCUUUGGCUCAUCUACUAGAAAUGAUGAUGUUUCUAUCAUUUUUUAAUAGCGGUCUAUUUGAUUCUUAUAAAUUGUUUCGUCCACCCUGAAGUAUCAAUAUACAAUCUUACAGACUCAUUCCUCUUUUGUCCUGGAAUUUGAUGCAUAAAAUUCUGAAAUUCUUCAAGGGCUUUAGCUUCAAGAACUUGAAGGACUUUGAAGACGCCCAGGAUGAUGGGCAUUGUAUGUUACGAUAAUCAAGUAAGAUUGGCCGAGUUGAUGGAUAUUCUUCAAUGAAAACAAGAGUCUUCAAUAUGCAAUAAGGAAAACGAAAGGACUUAAUAUCGAGUGUAAACUAGUUUUUGGGUUCUGGUGAAUGGUGAUGCUUUGAGUGUUCUUUUUUAUAUUUUGUUUCAAUAGUAGUUGAACUAAUUUCAUAUGGUUCCAUUUCACAAUUUAUGUUGGUAUUGGUUGUGGCCUGUUUGUUUAGGUAAUUCUAAUUGUAAUGAUAACUUUUUGUACAUAAUGUUCUAGAUAAUUAGUUGGUGAUUUUAUUUAUAGAUUUACAUAUUACUCUGCUU